UAUUAUAUAGAGAGCAGCUUUAAACCUUUUAAGCAGCUGUUUAAUCCCCGCCCGGGCUAUUGGGUAGCCGAUUCAGAUCCACCGCCCCCGUUCAACCAUCACGCGUCGACCCGAUCAUCUGGUUAUUGUUAAGUGUUCUUUCUCUUCAUACCCCAAUGAAAUCCCACAAGUGAGUCGGAUUUUUGUCGUCGUUUGUCGUUUUUCGUUUCGCGAUAUUCUUCGCCACAAAAAUCAUGGAAAACCAGGACAACAAAAAUGGCGACCUGACCGCGAAGGAGAUGGCCCAAUUUCGCUACUACGUGGAGAAGUGGUACCUGCCGCCACUGGAUCUCAAGAAUGACAUUGUUUAUUGCCAGCGGGCACUGCGUGAUUUUAUAAAGGUGCAUGCGCUGGUCACGGAGGUGUUCUCGCAGCAGGAGGAUGCGGAUCCCGUGGCGAUGCGUCGCAUCUUGGACGAGCUGGAGGAGGAGAUGUACGAGAUCAAUGCCGAGUGCCAGUACCUAAUGCUGCGCCUCGAUGAGGAUAUCGUCACUUUCCUCAAGAAACUGCAGGAGAGCAACAUCAAAACCGAUGUGAAGGAGGCCAAUGCGCACGUCUCCACCCUGAUAGUGCCUUUAAUUUCGAACGAAGACUAUGUAAUCAUUCCCAGCAAUGUGGGUACUCGCGACACCGAGGAGACGCUCAUCCGCAAGCAUUUUCUCCUGUCGCAGGAGGGCGAGAACCCACCCAUGAAUCUGAGCGACCUCGAUGAUAAUAUCGCUCUUAUGCUGGUUCCGACUGAGACGAACAUACAGAUAGAGCUGGAAAAUGGAGACGGUGAGCAGCAGGAGCAGCUGGAAUCGUCGGAGGAGACGCAGACGCAGCUUCAGCUUUCUGUACCGCCGCCGAUGCUCCGUUGUCUGCCGGACACUGUGAUCAAGACAGUUGUGGAGCCCCCGCCACUGCGCAUGGCUGCUACGCAGAAGUCUCAGCGUUCGCUUUUGAUACCACUAAAGCAGCAGGAUUCGUUUGCCAUGAAGCGGAAGCGCAUAUCUAGUACCUCACCGCCGCCAUUAGCACCCAUUACGAUUGAGUUUCAUCAGGCUAACGUUCAGGAUCCGGCGCAGGCUGAGCUGGGCUUUGAGCAGGUGGAGGCGAGCCGCGGCAAUCUGCGCCAGGUGCUGAAGCGGUCCAGGAAGACCAAGCAGAUGCCGCGCCUCUGCUACGAGGACAACAUGGAGCUGACAACCAUAGAGACUGAUAUAAAGCGGAAGGCGGGGAGGGGUUCCCAGAUAGCUGCUGCCAAAGCUGUACCAAACACUGCGUCAUCCGCCGCUGAAAAAUCGGUCAAGGCACCACCAACGCCACCGCCUCUGCCAUCACCACCACUGCCGAAGCAGAAGCAGAGCCCGGCAGCGGCCGCUGGGGCAAACAAAUCGUCCAAGAUACGCAAAAACCUACGUAAAUCAUCACCAGAGGCACAGCCGUCAACGGGGGCAGGCGGCUCGCCAUCAGCAUCUUCAGAUGACUCCACCGUCCAGGAGCUACAGCAGGAGCAGCAGCGUCUCUCCGCCUCGGCGGCUCAGUGGUGCGAUGAGCCGCGCGAGACCCGUGUCCUGCCCGAGGAGUACGGCCAGGAGACAUUCCUCCGUAUCUUUGGCCUGUACACGCCCGAGGUGAUCACGAAACUCAGCCAGCGCCACUCGAAGCGCAAGCGUCGCAAUGUCCAGAACGCCAGCGGCGUUGACUUUCACUAUGGCCAGCAGCUGAAUGCCACACUGGACACACCGAUGGGGCGCCAAAAGAAGGUGAAGAACAAACCGGAGUUCCUGCUCUCGCCCAAGGAGAAGCGACUGCAGGCCAAGAAGGCCGACGUCCGCAAGAGCAAGAGCCCGGACAAGGCCGCUGCCGAGGCUUCGCAGACUGUUGUUGGUCAGAGCGUCAGCAAUCAGUGGGAUUGCCGCAAGUGUCGCGGAGAAUGCCAGCAUUGCCGCCAGUGCAAGCGUCUCGUAGGUAAAGACGAUGGGGUUUGCGAGCAGUGUGCCGGGGUCUACCACAAAGACUGCCACCAGCCCACAAAGGGCCGGCUGCUGGCCCAGUCCCAGAAGAAACGCUGCCCCCCCUGCUGUCGCGAGAUGCGUGAGAGUCUGCUGUCGAUCCACGGCAGCAGCAGCACCUCCGCCAGCACUACCAAAAAGGCAGCCGGUGUCCCGACCGUUUAACUUUAAAAUUUAUUCUUUUUUUUUUAUCCAUCCU